UAUUCCUAGUUAUGUUUAAAUUGGAUGUGCUUGUUUAAUAUAUUAUAUUUUUGUCUUUAAAAGUGUUGUCACGUCUUGUUAGUAGUCCAGUGCAAGUAAAUGAAAGCUUUACUUAACCUACUUAAUAUAUCGCCUUUCAUUCAACGAAAUAAAAGCAAUUAAUUGUAAAUAACAGAAUUAAAUUAUUUUGUUACCACAUUUUUACUUUUUUGUAACAGCUUGUACUAGGUAUAACAUUUUGCUGUUCAAUGGUAACCGUUAAAAAAAACAAUUAUCAAAUGUGGCGACUGACGUACGUAAAUGUCAUUGUCAAUUUGAAUUUUACAUUGAUUUGUUGUGGGAAAUUGCAGAAUUUUAUUUUAAAGUGCACAAAAUGCAAUAAAAUUAAUACAAACAAUAAAGUGUGUCCUUGAUUAGGCCAAACGAUAGUAAUUUUUUAUUUCUCACCAAAAUGGGAGACGCACUAAGCCCGAACGAUGAUUUGGAAAUGCUCACGGCGCGGUUCGACUUUGAGGCCACAUUGAACAAGACCCUCAGUUUCGUGGAGGGCGAAUACUUUUAUCUUCAACAGAGUAACACGAAGCAGAGGAACUGGUGGUAUGUCGUUAAUAGGAAAGGCCAAGUCGGUUUCGUUCCUUCAAAUUACGUAGCCGCAGUCAAGGUUGAGCCAGAGUUCUUUUUGGGUUUCCUAAAUGAUAGUAUCAGUAGUUUAAAAGAUAAUGCAACAACUUCACACAAAGAAGAACUCCUAGCUAGAUUGAAUGAGAAGAAAAAGCAGAUACAAACACUUGUGAAGCCACCAAGUAAAAAGCAGCAGGCACCAAAACCACCACCAAGAUUUGAUGACACUCCACCCUGUGGAGUUUCUCCAUCCUUUGACAUGAGACCCAUAUCUGAUGAGAAGCAGAAUACUCAAUCUCCGUCUCGAGGGCAUAAUUUAAAUAACAUUGCAAGUGAAAAUGACCAUGAAAAACAAAUGCUCAGCAAACCGAUUAACCAACUAUCAUCCGACACGGACAACCAAGAUGAUAGCCAAGACAGUAGCGACAGCAUUAAGCCUAAUGCCAUAUAUGAGAUAGUGCAGGCUGUCCGCAGAGAGACACAGCUUAGCCAUGAUAUGUCUAAAGUGGCCGUUGUGACAGUGCUGGUGUCAUUAAGGGAAUUCCUACCCGGUGGUGCAGCAAGGUCCAUAAUAGAUGCUCUACUACGGGAAGCCAACAGCAACAUAACAUGCCCCAAGAAUGCCAUAGACGCGGCUCCCGACGCGCUGCGCAUGAUGACGGCUCUCAACGCACUGUCCAAAGCGGCCAACGACGCACAGCAGCGCGGCUGGGCGCUGCACGACGACGCACACGACAUACAGACGCAACUGCUAGAGUUGAUUUCCGUUAUGUCGAACGCGGACGUGAACAUAUCGCAGCACGUGCUGAGCAGUCACCGCUAUGCGUACGUCACGACGCUCGUGCAGUUUUACCAGAUGGAGACGAGGUGGCCGCUGAGGCAACUGCUGCUGCAGGCGUUCGGCGUAAUGUGCGGUCUGGAGCGCACGGCGCUGGCGACGCUGGCGCUGUCGUCGCUGCCGCCGGAGCUGGCGCGUGACAUGCGCGACAACCCGCGAGCGCUCGCCCGCCUCAGCCACUCCGCGCUGCUGCUGUCCAUGCUGCUCAGCAUGGCGGACCGCCUGCCCGUGCCGCACUUCGAACAACUGGGAAUGGAGUUUGCUCAAUUCCUCCUAGAGCUGAUCGAGGAGCCCCCGGAGACGGACGUAGAUGAACAGAUCCCGGAUCUCUUCCUCACCCUGCUCCUGGCCUACAACCUCCAGUUUGAUAACCCGGUUGAGAAUAUUCUACUGAAUGCGCUGGAGACUCGUGAUAAUGCUAAGACGUUCUGUGAGAAGAUACUGCUGCUUAUUAAUCGUGAAGAGGACCCAGUCCGUAUAUUCGACCACGAGCCAGCGCCGACGCACUCCGUACUCAAACUCGGCAUCGACCUGUUCAGCCGCAAGCGCACCGCCGACCACUUCUACACCAACGACGUGAAGGUCGCCGUCGACAUCAUCGUGCGACAGCUGGCCGACCUGUCGCCGGGGGAUGAGAGGCGUCAACAAUACCUGCGAAUGCUGCAAGGCAUCAUCCGCAACACCGACUACGGCGCCCACUUACACCGGCGGGACGACCUACUGCGCUGCUUCGCGCGGAUCUUCUGCGAGGAGGGAGAUGCCAGCCGCGCAGACCAAGCCCUAGUGAGAGCCAUAUCUAAUGAGUUCCCGCAAUACUUCAAGGCUUAAGGCGAGUGCUAUUGUUUAGUAGUCGAAUGUGUGACAUGUCAAGGAGUCAGUGUCAAGUUGUGUUGAAUAAAAUCGGAACUAACGCUGCCUUACGGCGAGACGCGCUAAGCGACUUUACGCUGCACCGGAACUACGCGACAUGUUACGGCGAAAUAUUAUUUAUGAGCUAAGCCGCACUAAGUGGCAGCGGAGAUCGACCGCACAUUAUAAGAAUUUCUAAUCAGAAAAAUUCGGACGCCCGCCGGACCACCACACCGCACACCUAUAAGAAAUUUCCUUCCGGCGAGUUCGAGUUUAGUACAAAAUGUAUAGAGAGGGCGCGAUCCGAAUUUCUGAUCAGAAAUAUUUCUGCCAUCCGAUCGACGGCAUCUGACACUCAUCCGAAUCGGACGUCAGACACGUCAGAAUUCUGACAGUAUACGGCACAGAAAUAAAUCAAGAUAGAAC